UCGCAACUGUAACAAAAUGUUUUUUGUUUUCGUUUUAUUCCAUUCUGUUUUCUGCAAAAACUUUUUGCAAUUCGAAUUUUCUUGAUAAAUGCUUGAAUCCUUUUACAUGUGAUUAUAAUCAUGCAGAAGUGUUGUUCUUCUGCUUUCAUACGUGUUUUAUAUUGCAUGAGAAAUACUAAAUUUGUUUCAAAUUUUCAUGUUUUUCUCUCAAGAACUGUUGAGGUUCCAAGACCCCUAUCUUAUUCUGUUUGUAGAGUUAUUUGUACUGACAUAAAAUUUAACGCUCAAAGUAGUAUCCAGCCCAAGUAUGAAUUAACAGCAGCUCAGGAAACAUUCUGCCUUUCACCAUUUUUAAAAGAAAACUUUAACAUAAUUGAAAAUCGAUAUUUUAAACUAAUCUCAGUAACAAAUGAAUGCCAUUUAGAUGAACUGUUGAGGAAAGAAGAGUUCAAAAAAGUAAUAUCUAGGGUACCCUUCACUUUCGAUGUCAAAUUAUCAGAUUCAAUUUACAAUGAUACAGCUAUACAUACUUCAGUUUAUACUCCAGGCAACUUCAAUAACAGCACAGAACUUAAUUAUGUGGAGCAACCUAAAUGUUUUGAAGACUCGAUUGUGUUGUGUUCGACUAGUAAAAAUCAUGGUGAUAAUUCUGGUAAACCCACUGAGGAGCAGUUGCUUUAUGUGAUAGAGCAUUUAACUUACUCACUUAUGAACUUCUUUGAGAAACCUCUAAAUUUUUCCAUAUAUCACAAAAACAUAGUUUUUCAAAACAACUUAAGAGGAGGAAUUACUACUAAGGGCUUAACUGCCUAUAUCCAAGCUAUGUAUAUAUUAAAGCUUUAUGGCUUUAUUCAUUAUGCCAAAGUUAAAGUAGAAAUUUUGAAAAUUACUCAUCACAUUGAAGAUGGGGCUAUCAGAGUGAGGUGGCGAGUGAAUGGUGUAUCUCGACAACAGCUAUUAGUUAACCUCUGGAAACAGAAAAAACUAUCUGUGCCUCAGGAAGAAACUGAGUGGAUAGAUGGCCUGUCAACUUUCAGUGUGGGUGUAGAUGGUUUAAUUUACAAACAUGUUUGUGAUAAGAUGACACCCGACAGUAAUGAAGCAACAAACAAGAAACUAGAUAUCAAGACAAAACUUCUUAGACUCCUUAAUUUACCUACGCAAAGACCUGUUAGCUUGCAUGCAUUAACAUGUUUCAAAAAUCAAGAUUUUCCAAACUCCAAAAGAAUUACAUGACAUAGUCAAGUUUAGCAUUGUCUUCAAAAUUAACUCUCUCAAUCUAUGAAAACUGUACAUAAUAUUUACUUAAUAGAUAUUUUAAAAUUUACUUGGAAUUUUAUGUAGUGGGUCUAUUUUUUUGUAUAGAUUAUAUUUUUGUUUUUUGACUAUCAUUAGAGCAUUUCUGUCAAAUUUAUUUAUUUUGAAACAUUCACUUCUAGUAUGUUUACUGUUAUUUAAAUUUUGUUAAAAUAAAGUAGUCACAUUUUUAUUAAAAUUAACAACCUUUAGAUUUCUUUAUGAAUGGAAACAAUCUUAUUUUAUUAUUGAUAUUCUAGCCUAUUCAUUUGGUGGAUGUGUGAUUUUUAUAUUCCACCCCUAUAGCCUUGCAGUUUUAAGCACGACGUGAGAGAAAUUAGCGUGUAAGUAUUCAAAUAAAUAUAGCUUUAAGAAAUAGUGCUAUUAUGCACAUUUCUGUACGCAUUAUAUAGAAAUUUUUGAUGGUUUUGUUUUAAAAAAUGAAAUACUUGGUGCUUUAUCGAUUUGUGGUGUGGUACAAAAAGUAUGUAACCCUUAGUGACUGAGUGUCAGCACUUGGAACCCCAGAGCUGUGGCUUGAGAGCACUAUCUUUGAAAGGGGCAUGGGUGGGUCAAUAAAAUAAGUACAGCAUGCUUCUCACCCCAAAGCCAAAAAUGAAAAUUGUCUCUGGAAUGUGCAAAGUAGGCCUUGGCUCUUCAUGUGCUGUCGCUUCACUGAGUUUAGUACUAGAAGUAUUCAUUUUUCUCAGCAAAUUAAGAAGUCAAAUACUUAGAGUGUUAUUUAUUUGCAAUAGUGGUAAAAUAUUCACUUAUGUCUUUUUUUUUUCUCUAUAUUUCAGAAAAAAAAUAUUACUGUAGCGAUAAGAUAAAAGUUAUUAAUUUUAGUGAUAAAUUUUUAGAAAAAACAUUAUCAGAAUGCUGUUUACAAAUUUAGAUUUAUUAGACUUUAUGCCAACAGCUGACCAUAACAUACUUGUAAAUGAUAGAAUUUUAAAAAUCACUUAACAUGUUCAGUUUUUUCAAACUGCAAAAGCACAGUAAUAAUAUUUAAGCUUUUAUGAUGAGUUUGUUUUAGAAAUGUAUAUACAGUCAGACCUCGAUAUAAGGUCACCCUAAGGGACAUCGCAAAAGUGACCUUAUAAGCGGGGUGACCUUUUAACCGAUUCAUUAGCAGUUCGUAACUUAGCACGUAAAUAGUACACAUUAUAAUUUUUUUAAAAUUGUAAUACAAACAAAAACGGUCGGCCAUAAAUUAAAUAUUUAAGUCAAUAAAUUUUAACAGAAUUAAUAAAGAAUUAAAUAAAGUUAGAUUAGUAAAAAAAAUUUUAAUUUAAAAUAAAGCUGUUUACAAAUUUCCUCAAAGUGUACAUGCAUACAUUACAUCCUACCUUAUUUAAAAUAAUCAUUUAUGCAGGUCUGUCUCGUUUUUGGUUUCAUUUUUCGAACAAUGUUUUCUAGAUUUUGUAACUCCUUAAAAUGUUCCUCAGCUCCCUCAUGGUUUGUAAAGAAAUUUCGUAUGACAUUCAUUGCAUUGAAAGCUUCCUAUUGGGUUACAGCUACAGUCUAAGGAUCACUGUCGUUGUCCUCACUGUCCACAACUUGUGAAACAAUUUCAGAUAUUGUAGCUUGUUCGUUGGCUGCAACAUUUUCCUAGAACUCGAGAGGGUUAAUUGUCUUGAAAGGAAGUUAAAUAGCUUUUGUUAGAAAAGAGCUCCCCUCGCCUCAGAUAAAAAUGACCUUAUAAGCGAUAAUCAUUUUUAAAACUUGACCAUAUAUCCGAUAAUCUGUAACAAAGAAUUCCUAUUCAGUGAGCCGGGACUUCAGAAAAGUGACCUUACAUGCGGAUGACCUUAUAUCGAGGUCUGACUGUAUAUUUAAAUAACCUGACAAAAAGAAUUGUUUGUUCUAUAUUGUUUGAUUAUUAUAUUCUUAUAAAUAAACAUGUACUUCCUUCCUUUUAAUUAAAGAAUUUUAUAGGGUUUACACUGAGUUUAUAAUCCAUUCUAGAAUCUUGGAUGUGUUUAAUUUUAAUUUGUAAACAAGUUUUAAAAGUUAUUAGCAAAAUCUUUGCAGGUGAAAAAUGUAAAUUUUUAUAUUUUUUUAUUGCUAAAAAAUACAAUUAUGUGUCACAAACAAAUAAUGAAAUCAUUAUUUGUUUGCGACACAGAAUUUGCCUUUUUUUCCCUUCAGUAAAUAUUUCUCUAUGCCUAGGUGUAUCGAAACAAUAAAGCUUUCUAAGGAAGGUGUGAUAUUAUAAAUCUUGUUGCAAUUUUUUUUGUUAAAUAGAAUUUGGUAACUUAGGUACAUUGCUGACCACAUUUCUACAAUCAUGUCUACAGUCAAAGUCUUCAAUCUUCUUGACCUUCUAGUCCACAACAGACUGUUGUUGAAGAAUUUUACAUUGCUGGUAAAAUCCUUUAGUAAAAAUGUCUUGCUCCAUUUUAGCAAAUUCUGUAAUCUAGAAAUGUGACAAUAGCAGAAACUCUGGAAUACAGUGAGUUGUUAGCCAUGUGGUUAAGAGUCUGUAAUUUUGAAACCACACGCAUAAUAAAAAUUUCACUGAAGUCA